CGAGUUCAUCAAACUAAGUCGCACUCUAUUUUCUAUCUCCCACAGAGCUUGGAAUGGAGAACAGAUUACCUACAAAAAUACCUACAGCAUUUACAGGAAGAAAAGAAAAAUAAUACAAAACGUUUUUGUAAAAGUGCAUAAAUCUGAGUUGUUAUUGUUAGCACAGUGUAAAGUGUUUGUUUUCGAUCAAAACAAUGUAUUCCGUCAUCUUCAUUCCAUCACAAAUCUAGCAAACGUACAAAACAAUACAAGUAACAACAUGUCUGCGGAAUCGGAUAUGGAAUAUUCGGACAACGAUGGAGACGACUAUGAUUACUAUGGAGAACAAGAUGACUGUGACAUGGAGGCUGUGGACCGAACUAAAUCGGACCCUGAGUAUUUCUUAUACACUUGUUUAAGAGUUGAAGAAGUGGAGAAGUUGUUAAAUGAGUCUAUAGAGUUGCUCAGUAAUAGCCUUCAGAUCACACCUUCACUGGCCAAGGUAACUCUCCAUGCAUAUGAGUGGAAUGCUCAAGAGAUUAUAAAUAAGUAUAAGGAGAAUGCAAAUGAGGUAUUGGUGUAUAGUCGUGUCAAGUCGCGUUCGCCAGUUCUCCAGGCGAGCACGAGCCGCUCCAGUUGUGCUGUGUGUGCCAACACACCUCCUAUGCACAAAUACAGUGCCCUGGCUUGUGGGCAUUACUUUUGCAAUGACUGCUGGGCUAUGCACUUUGAAGUACAAAUUAUGCAAGGAGUUUCAAAUACUAUUACCUGUAUGGCUCAAGAUUGUGAACUUAGAGCUCCGGAAGACUUUGUAUUGUCCCAUGUUACCAAGCCAAUGUUGCGGGAACGAUACCAGCAGUUUAUGUUUAAGGAUCAUGUGAAAUCACACCCAGAACUUAGAUUUUGUCCUGGCCCUAAUUGUCAGGACUGUCCUAAGUGUCAGAUUUGUAUAGAAAAAAAUGGGGGCUGCAAUCAUAUGCAAUGUGGCGCAUGUAGACACGAUUUCUGCUGGGUGUGUUUGGGAGACUGGAAAUCGCAUGGUUCUGAGUAUUAUGAAUGUAGUCGUUAUAAGGAGGACCCCAACAUGUCCUCUGAUAGCCAACAUGCUCAAGCUAGAGAAGCUUUAAAGAAGUAUUUGCAUUACUAUGAAAGAUGGGAAAAUCAUGCUCGAUCUCUUAAAUUGGAAGAACAAACUUUAGCUAGUUUGAAAAGUCGCAUCAAUCAAAAGGUAAUGGCUGGAGAAGGUACUUGGAUUGAUUGGCAAUAUCUUUGGGAUUCUGCCAAGUUAUUAAAGCGCUGUCGAUACACUUUGCAAUAUACAUAUCCAUACGCCUAUUACAUGGAAAAUGGGCCGCGCAAAGAAUUAUUUGAAUAUCAGCAAGCACAGUUGGAGGCUGAAAUUGAAAAUUUAUCUUGGAAAGUAGAAAGGGCAGAAACGACUGAUAGAGGUGACCUAGAGAACCAAAUGGACAUUGCCGAAAAAAGACGUACCACAUUAUUAAAAGAUUUUUUGGAAUUCCAUACCACUACCGCAUCUAGCAGCAAAGUAUAAAUAUCUUCAAGAUUUGUCAUAAAUAAAUAUAAAUAUAUUGCGACAAACAUUUGUAUAAUACAUAUUUGUGAAAGCUAGAAUCUUUUUGUUCUGCCAAAGUAUAUUUAUUAACAUGACUUUGCAAUAAAAAUAGGAAUAUU